GGCUCGAAGAGUAUGAGCAUGAGGAGUCAACAGCAGGCUGCGGAUGCUGGGGAGGGGGAGGGGGAGGAGGAGGGGGGGCGGGAGGAGGAGGAGGUGGGCGGUUGGCGACGUUGCAAAGAUAUGGCAGCCAAUUAUUGGGCAUAUCACGGCACUCGAAUGCAUCUGCCUCUUCCUCUCGGUCCAGUGCUGCAGGAGCUGCCCCCAUGGAUAUGCAGAUGGACCCAACGCCUCACAUGGCAGCACCAUCGUCUCGCAAAUCAGCAGCAGCGCUAGCACGAGCAGGGUCAGCCGCAGCAUCCAUGGCAACAGCAGGCCCGCCUCGCCCCACGACCCCAGUGCAGGCUACUCCAGAAUGGGGACCUACCCAGCAAGCCACGCGCAGGAUGCAUAUGCGUAUGGCAAUGGGCCAGCAGACAUGGGCGGAGGGGAGUACUAUGGCGGGGGUGGCGGCCAGAUGGACAUGAUGGGGGGAGGCAUGGGGGGAGGGGUUGGGGGAGGUGGGGUGGCAGGACCAGGAGGCAAUAUGGCUCGAAACGGAAGAUACCCAAUGGAUUCGGGGGGUUAUUCGGUGCAUUGAGAGGUCGGCUCGUUGAUUUGAUUUGCUGCUGUACUUCUUGGCUGCAACUGCCAUUGCUGGUGACUCGGAGGUCGGUUUCUGCUGCUGCUGCGUGUUGAAGGAGCAAGUACCAGCGGUCCCUUCAGCCAAUACCAGCAGCCCCCUGCUCACUAACCACCACAUCAUCUCACUACUUACAACAACCCUCCAGCUUAUCCAUUUAAUGAAUUUUCUGGGGUCCCUUGUCUUGAACAUGGCUGAGUGUUGUGGCAAUGCCACUUGUGGUUGCAGACAUCUUUGUGCAGUACUGGAAGGUCAAGCAGGCUGUUUAAUAGUCAUUGUUAUAUGAGAGUAUUGGCGUUUCUCCCUUUCAAUGUUGACCACUGCUUGUAA